AUGCCUCUCGAUCUCAGCUACAUCAAAGUUGUUCGUGCUGUCCAGGACUUUGUUGUGUCGAAUUUAGUACCCUUGAUAGUCAAUCUCACAGACAUUAUGCAGCAAUCACCGCUCAGAACGCUCGUAUCGCGGCACGUCUGCUCAUGCAGACAGGCUCACAGUGUCGUACACCCACUCAGUCGCAGUCUCGCGUCCAGCACAGUUCGAGCACGUAAUGUUCCCUCAAACAUCGCACAUAUCGGGUCUGCGGAGGACUUGCGUCGACGAUAUCUUCCUAAGCCGGACGAAGUAGACAGGGACAAGAUCGCGUUUGCAGAGCUUAGAAAGCGCAACAGAAGGGCCACCAUCGGCAUCAUUGCAUGUACUGUGGCUAUGUUUGGCGCGGUCUACUUCUGGCCAAGUGAGACGAAGCUGAUCAGGCAUGAUGCUCCGCCUUCGUCGCCUAUCCCACGAGGUCUGCUUGAGCAGGGAAUGGAGAAGAGAGAGAUCGAGACGAUAGAGACUGGAACGAGUAGUGUACCUACAUUUCCAAAGUCGAUAUUCAUGUCUGAGCUGGACUCGGGAAACAAGGCAGCUGCGGAGCGUGGGGAUCAAGAGUACUGUCUUGUUGGCUUGGGAAUACGUACGGUUUCUUUCUUGGGCAUACAAGUAUACGUGGUAGGAAUGUACGUUGCAUUGCCAGAUAUCGACACUCUUCAGGAGCGCUUGAUCCGGACGCAGGACUCGGUAGCCACGACGUUGGUACCAGGAGAGAAGGGCAAGCUAAGAGACGCGCUGAUGAGUGGGGACGAGAGCGAGGAAAUCUGGAACGCAGUUCUGAAGGACGGCAAUAUCAGAUCUGUCUUCAGGAUCGUGCCAACCCGAAAUACAGAUUUCAGCCAUUUGAAAGACGGCUUUCUCAAACAGGUUACAGCCAAGACACAGCAUUUCGCCGGUCGUAGAAACGACAAAUCAUUUUCUGAUGAGUCUUUCGGUAGCAGCAUGAACGAUUUCAAAGCAUUGUUCAAUGCCGCACCACGAAAGCAACUACCAAAGGGAGAGAUCCUACUAUUGACCAGAGAUGCAAAGGGCAGGCUCAAUGCGUGGUACGAGGAUCCGAAGGGUGUGAGGACAAAAUUUGGGCAAAUUGAAGAUGAAAGGAUAAGCCGCUUGGUGUGGCUCCAAUACCUCAGUGGAAAGAAUCCAAGCAGCGAAGGUGCGAGAAAGAGUAUUGUCGAUGGUGUGAUGGAAUAUGUUGAGAGGCCAGUGGGUACUGUCGCUACACAAGUUGUAUAA